AUGGCUGAUCUCCCUGGCGCAUCGGCCGGCCUGCAGGCACCGGUCAUCUCCAUGGCCCCGUCGACCUCCUCCGCACCUCUUCCCAUUGCCCCGGUACGUCCUCCUCUAGCCCUUGCUCCAACUGGCUUCUUCAUCUCCUACCAGAUGCGGGGUGUCCACAUCAAGAAUAUCAUCCCCCGCACCCUCGAGCUGUCCUCGGGUUCCUACACCCAAUGGCGCAACCUGCUCGAGCUCACCGCCGCGGAGUACGGCGGCCUGGAUCACCUGACGGAGGACACGGCGCCCGCCAACCCCGACGUCGAAUGGUGCACCAUCGACCCGAUCCUUCAGCGCUGGAUCUACGGCUCCAUCUCUGUGGAGCUCACCGACAUGAUCAUCGACCCCUCCAAGACGCGCGGCAGCUCUACCAUCGCCCAAUACUGCGCACGGAUCAAGACCGUCGCCGACGCUCUUUGUGACGUCGAUCAGCCGCCCUCCAACGACACUCUCGUCACUGUGCUCACGCGCGGGCUGAACGAGCGGCACGCCAUCAUCGCCAAGAUCCUCCUCGCCGCGUCCGGGAAGAUCACCCUCGACGAUGCCAGGAACAUGCUGCUUCUAGACGAGAUGCAAUCUCGUGCCACCGAGCGCGUCGCCUCCCAGUCCGCCCUCAUCGCCCUUGGACGCGGUGCCAGCGGUGGCGGUUAUGGCGGCGGCUACGGCGGUGGCGGUUACGGUGGUGGCCCUGGUGGCGGCGGCCCCUACUACCAGCCCGCCUUCCUCCCUCCAGCUCAUCCUGGCGGCAUCGACACCUUCGGCAGCAACUACGGCCAGGCCUUCGCCACGUUCGCGUCUCCACCAAACGGCGCGGUGCCCUUCCCCGCGUCCGUCUACGCCGCACCUCCGUCCGUGCUCCAGUCGCCCUACUACGGCGUUCCUCCUCCACCGCCUCAGCAUCUGCUGAUUCCACGCCACGGACAAGCCUUCGGCCAGGACCCUCCGCCGCCCCUGUACCAGGCGCCGCCCCUGUUCACCGUCUCCGCCAUGUCGCAGCAACAGCAGCCCGGCCCCAGCUCCGCACCACCCUCCUUCGACCAGGCCACCCUCAUCGGCGCCCUCACAGACCUCUCCAUGGGUGGUCAAUCCGGGCCUUGGAUCGCGGAUUUCGGCGCUUCUGCGCACCUCUCUGCAACUCACGGUAAUUUCUCUUCCCCUCGACCAGUUUUCAACAUGCACCGGUUAUAG